UCUGGAUCCGCGCGAAUGGAUGCGCGGCAGCGCCUCGCUGCCCCCGCGGGCUCCCGAGGCCGGGCAGGGCUCCUGCGGCGAGCGGCGGGAGGGGCUGUGCCGCGGCGGUGCUGUACGAGCCCCUGCUCGCUCCUGCGCUCGGUUCCGUGCGUGUCUGUAAUUCAUGUCAGUGUCGCCCUGUUCCACCGCAGCGGCGAUCUCCAGCGGGAAAGUUCGGUGGGGCUUGCUGGAGAAGCGCACGGCUGUGAAUCUGCUGAGUGUGUGUGCUGUGGCUCGCCCGAGGGGAGGAGCGUAGAGCAGUAUGGAGAAGAGUGUAGGAGUAAAAUGUACCCUCCUUCAGGACCAACGUUCAAAGGUAAUAUACCCACAUAUGUCAUAAAUCUCGAUCUACCUCCCAGCAGAAGGUGGGAUGACUUGAUGCGUGACAAAAAGACAGAGCUGAAGACUGUGGUCCAGAAUAUUAAAGAUAUAGCAAAUACCUUCUUCCCCAGUGGAAAAGUUGUUGACAUAGUGGAUAACAAAAUAGCUCAUCUGACUGCUACACUUCCUUAUCCUUUCAAUGAAGAGCUCCAAGGGAUUGCCAAUUCAUCUGGGAUUCCUUUGGGGGAAAUCGUUAUUUUUAACAUCUUUUAUGAAAUUUUUACUGUAUGUACAUCAAUAGUGGCAGAAGAUAAAACAGGGAAACUUUACCAUGCCAGAAACUUGGAUUUUGGACUCUUCCUAGGGUGGGAUGUUAAAAAUAAUUCCUGGACGUUAACUCGGGAACUGAAGCCUUUAGUGGUACUCUUGGACUUUCAGAGAAACAACAAAACAGUGUUCAAGUCCACAAAUUUUGCAGGAUACAUAGGCAUGGUGUCUGGAGUCAAACCAAACUUGUUCACUCUGACAAUGAAUGAGCGUUUCAGUCUUGAUGGUGGUUAUGUGGGAAUCUUUGAAUGGUUUCUUGGUAGAAGAGAUGGUAUGUGGAUGGGCUUUCUCACAAGAACUGUAUUAGAGAAUGCUACAAGUUACCAGGAUGCAAAAGACAGACUGGCAAAAACAAGACUGCUGGCUCCAGCUUACUUUAUUCUGGGUGGAAAAAAUUCUGGAGAAGGGUGUGUGAUAACUCGAUCCAGGACAGCUGCUCUGGAUAUCUGGGACCUUGAUAUCAAGAAGGGUACAUGGUAUGUGUUAGAAACCAACUACGAUCGCUGGAAGCCUCCUCUGGUGCUGGAUAAUCGUAGAGGACCUGCAAUGAAAUGCCUGAACCAGACAACACAAGAGAAUCUCUCCCUACCUGCAAUUUAUGAUGUUCUCUCCACAAAGCCUGUGCUCAAUAAGCUGACCGUGUGCACCACGCUGAUGGAGGUGUAUGAUGGCCAUACAGAGACUUACCUGCGGGAGUGCCCAGAUCCCUGCAGUCCUUGGUAGCCCUGCACCUCUCCGUGCUGGAAGCUGCUUGGCCCAGUUGGCAGUCCUCCACGAGAAGAUGUUUCUGGAAAGAGAUUACUCAGUCUGACUCCUUUCUUCAGAAAUCUAAUGGCUCUAUAGAAAUGGCAAAGUGCUUCUAACAGUGAAGGGACCCUGCCUCAGAGCAGACUUUCUUGCUUUGCAACCAGCAGUUCUGCUGACAAGAAAUGUAUCCUCAUGAGUGUCUGGUGUGAUUUCAGCCGUUUCUGCCAAAUGAGUUCAGCAGUUAGUUCUAGAUCUCUUCAGUCUUGGCAGUAUUCUUGGUGUGUUGUUGGUGGGGGGUUUGUUAAUUGUUGGGGUUUUGGUUUGGUUUAUUUAGAUUAAAAUCCUUUUAAAGAACACAAAUUAUAAUGGCACCUACCAAGCAUCAAAAUUAAUUGGGUAUAAGAAGACCAUCUGGGACAAUACAAUUCUGUUAUUCUUUCAUAAGCACUUAAAAUUAAUUGCUAUUCUUCUGGUAUAAUGUGAGGAUAUGUCUGAUAUGCCCUUUUAUAAUAUACCAAGUGUCAUGUAUAGUCAUAGGAACAAGGUCUUGGGGAAAUAUCUGAAACAAGAUCUGAGCCAAGAAUGUCUUGCUACUGAUUUAUAACUCUUUUGCUGAAGCUCUUUCUUGGCCUGUUAACAAAUGUGGUUUUUUAAUACAGAUUCUUCUGUUGUCUCAAAAAAACCCCCAAAAACCUAAUUCAAUAAAGAAAAGAUAAUUCCUGUCACCAAAGUACACAUGUACUGAUUUCAUACUUCAGUCUGAGACAUCAUGCAUGUUGGAUACCACAAUGCUUUCAUUUCCAAAUAGACUGUGUCUGAAAAACUGA